AUGGUCGGAAUCGUCGCCGGAGUGAUCGGACCGGCGAAGCAGCGACAGGCAAUGGGUCACGCGUCGGGAAUUCAUACCCACCAAGCCUCAGAUUUGGCAACUCAAACUUGUGAUAAAUUAACCUCAGUGAAGGAGCUAUGCAAAACCGCGUUAGGAACAAGCACUGCAACAGAUAUGGAGGGAUUUGUCAAAGCGUCACUAGCGGCUACAACACGUGUAGGAGGUGAUGUAAGCGAGCAAAUUGCCCAAAUGUUGAUGAGCGAAGCCUCUACUGCUCAGGAGAGCCUAACAAAAUGCGCUAGUAUAUACAAAGCUGCAAUGGACGAGCUUAAGAACUCCACAGCAGCUUUGAAUGAAAAAGCUUAUGCUGAUGUCGAGGUAAAACUCACUGAAGCUAUGACCACUUCAAAGGCUUGUGAAGAUGGAUUCAAGGGAGCAUCACCCUUGACUGAACAAAACAAUAAAUUUAGGGACUAUUGCAAUCUUACUUUAGACAUCAUCAAGACGAUUAAAGUUUAA